AGGCUGAUUCUGCUGAUCUAGCUCUCGUAAGCACUUUAUGCUUGCUAAAAACCUACUAUGAAAGACUUCUGAGAUAAUUCGUCCUUCCAUGUCGACUUUGAUAUGAUUGGCUCGCCGUCCUGUUUUCCUUUUUUGAAGAGCGAUUUUAUUUCAUCUAGGAAAGCAAAUAAUAUAGAAAAAUGUUGACGCAAAAACAGAAUAUCGAAGUUGUGAAGCGAGGUACGAUAGACGACGCGCUGGCGUGCCUACUGGAGGAAGAAGAGAUCGCCCUCAUGGCUGAACUCAAGAAAGAACGGCGUGAGCCAUUAGCGCCGCUUUCCCUACCCUACCAGGAGCUGCGGCAGAGGGUCUUGCACCGGCUUCAGGAACAGGAUUCGGACCGGAGAAUUGUGGCCGCCCGAUUGUGCUUGGAAGACCUGUCGGUCGACCUCCAGAUGCAGCACGUGUCGGAGUUCCUCGAGGAAGUGCUGCCCGCGACCUACGUGCCGCCGGUCGAAGCCAUGCCGGACUGGAGCUGGUGUUUCGAGGAAACCCUGUGCACGAGUCACGGCGACGUGUACCCGCCUUCCGACGAUACAUUUUUGCUACUAGAGACCAUUUUGCGAAGCGGGGAGCAUUUCAAGGCCUGGCGUUCUUCGUCCGAGGAAGUAGAUCGUGCUGCACAAGCCGCUGCUGCUGGGUCGUCCUGCGGUGACACUACUACAUCAAAGACGUCCAUCACCGUUCUCGAAGUCGGUUGCGGAAGUGGGUUAAUUUCGGCCUCCAUUUUGAGGGCGUUGCGCGCCACGAGGAGGUACAGCGACGUAUUCACAUUUGCGACCGAUAUCAACCCGGCAGCAGUCGCUUUUACGCGCGAACUCCUCGAAACGCGUGUUGUGCCGCAGGUGCAGGGAACAGUGGUGAAAAGAGAAGGAGAUUAUGGUGACGCCACAGCUAGUCGUCCUGUGGAAAAAACGACAUCAGCGACAUUGGGAUUAUCUGCGACUGCGAAACACUGCAUGUUGCAGUUGUCCACGACAGAUGAGAAGGACACAGUUUCCAAGAACCGGGGCGAUCUUCAAGAUGCGGGCGAUAUGGUAGCGAAGGCACGCGCGGCGGCCAUGUCGUCGGAGGCGACAAAGCUCAGCCAAGUAGCUGAGCAGACUGACAGUGCUGGAGAGGCAUCUUCGCCGAGGGAGGGAGAGAAUGGCGAAAGGGUAGCUGUGGAGCAAGAAGUGGAGCCACAGCACCAGCACCAGCAGCGAAAGGUUGUGGAAGAGGAACUGGACCACACGCUGGGGGAAGUCGAUUUGCAGCAGAGAGCGAAAUGCCGGCAACCGGAGACCGCGGUGGACAUUCAUGUUCAUGUGCAGGAGGAUAAUUUCUUCGACACGAUGCUGACUGACAAACGAGUCCAGCCACAGAGCGUGGACCUACUAGUGUUCAACCCGCCAUAUGUAGUCACAGACGAAGGUGUGAUCCACGGAGAAACGGACGGCCCCAUUGACCGUGCAUGGGCCGGCGGUGCGCGAGGUCGCGAGGUGAUUGAUGAGAUGCUUCCGAGGGUCAAAAGCGUGCUGAGACCCGGGUCGGGCCGGUUCUACCUGUGCGGCAUCGCGGAAAACGACCCGUGCGACAUCAUCGAAUUUGCCAGCGAUCACGGGCUCAAAGGGAAGCUGCUAGCGCAGGAGCAGCAAGGCAUUGAAGAGCUUUACGUAUUGGAAUUCCGUGUUGCGGAAUGCUGAAGCUUGUUUCAGACGGCAGAGCGGCUCCGGUAGUCGUGUCUGGCUCGUCGAGUGACUGUAAAAUGGCUGAAACGAUGAUGUGGACGAUAUUCAUAAAGCUGUACUCAAGCGACAAACGACACAUGUGUGCCAAAGCGAUUUUAUCUCGGAGGCAAUCCCAACAUGCAGUUGUAAUUACG